AUGUUUGACCUUGCGCAAAACUCUGUCGAAGGUACCAAGGUUUACAUUGAGUUGCGCGAUCACUACCGUAGUAUUUUCGCGCUCGUUUCUCACCAGCGUACCUCAGUCUUUUACCACCAUAUCGAGUGGAGACUGAGUUCGUUGUUCCUUAACAGAUCUGCAUGGAGUAGUAGCGAUGACAAUGGCAAGCAAAUACUACGGGUAAAAAUGAUAUAUGGGGCCUUCGGGUUUUGCCACUGCAUAUCGCUGCCUCUCACUAUCCAUAUCCUGUUAUUUUCCGACCAUCAUGCCGCCUAUUAUCAGCCCUAUGUUGUCCUUGCAGGACCAUUCAGUCGAUUUUUCUCGACGCUAUCCUGA